CAACUCCUCUCCAUUCCGCCUGUCCCGUCUAGACAGCAGACGGCUAGCUGCGAGCGGUUCGUGUCCUCUGUGUCGAUACACCCCGUGCUUUUUCCCACCAGCCAAUUCUCAGCCUCAGCCUCAGCCCGCCAUGUCCCGAUUCCUCCGGCCCGCAGCUCGUCUGGCUGCCUCGACACGAGCUGCCACAUCCAUCAAGGCGAAUGCGCCGUCCUUCUCACAGGCCAUUGCGCGCCCCGUCUACUUUGGCGGAUCGUCGCAGAGCCGGUCGUACGCCGAGGGCGCUGGCGUCAAGGAGUACACUGUCCGAGAUGCCCUCAACGAGGCUCUGGCCGAGGAGCUCGAGGCCAACCCCAAGGUCUUCAUCCUGGGUGAGGAGGUUGCCCAGUACAACGGAGCGUACAAGGUCACAAAGGGACUGCUGGACCGGUUCGGCGAGAAGCGUGUCAUUGACACUCCCAUCACCGAGAUGGGCUUUGCCGGCCUGGCUACUGGUGCCGCUCUGAGCGGACUGCACCCUGUGUGCGAGUUCAUGACCUUCAACUUCGCCAUGCAGGCCAUUGACCAUGUUGUCAACUCGGCCGCCAAGACCCUCUACAUGUCUGGCGGUAUCCAGCCCUGCAACAUCACCUUCCGUGGCCCCAACGGCUUCGCUGCCGGUGUCGCUGCCCAGCACUCUCAGGACUACUCUGCCUGGUACGGCAGCAUUCCCGGCCUCAAGGUCGUCUCCCCCUGGAGCGCCGAGGACGCCAAGGGUCUGCUCAAGGCCGCCAUCCGCGACCCCAACCCCGUCGUCGUCCUCGAGAACGAGCUGAUGUACGGCCAGAGCUUCCCCAUGUCCGAGGCCGCCCAGAAGGACGACUUCGUCCUCCCCUUUGGAAAGGCCAAGGUUGAGCGCGCCGGCAAGGACCUCACCAUUGUCACCAUGUCCCGAUGCGUCGGCCAGUCCCUCGUUGCCGCCGAGAACCUGAAGAAGAACUACGGCGUUGAGGCCGAGGUCAUCAACCUGCGAUCCAUCAAGCCCCUGGACCUUGAGUCCAUUGUCCAGUCCAUCAAGAAGACCCACCGUCUGCUUGUCGUCGAGUCUGGCUACCCUGCUUUCGGUGUUGGUGCUGAGAUUCUCGCCCUGUCCAUGGAGUAUGCCUUUGACUACCUUGACGGCCCUGCCCAGCGAGUCACUGGUGCCGAGGUGCCCACUCCUUACGCCCAGAAGCUGGAGGAGAUGUCCUUCCCCAACGAGCAGCUGAUUGAGAACUUUGCCGCCAAGAUGCUGCGAUUGUAAACUCCCGGCGCGGAGCAACAAUCUUGUUUUCAAUCUAACGGAUAUAAAUUUAUUUAAAAAGAACAAAACAAAGAAAGAAAGAAAGAACAGAAGGGGGGUGGCUAUCCGGGCUGGCGGCAUAAUAUCUCAAGGGGGGCUAGAAUGAACUCGGAGGGGAUUUUGACUUCAGGGGGGAGUUGGUGAAGCGCAUCAGGCUAGCAAUUCUGUUGGACCUCUGGUCAAAAAAAAUUCUCAAUAGACGGACGGAGAGGAAAAAUAAUGGACUUGUACUCGUAAU